GCCAGCUCAGUGACCCCAGUCACCAGGCAGCCUCCCUCCCCACAAAAGACCUCGAGUCCAGUCGGAGUAGGCGAGCUGGGGGUAGGGAGUGGCGAGAAAGCCAUGUGGGUCUCCGACUCAGAAGCUCAUUUUAUGCAUCAGUUCCCUGGAGCUCAGCUUCCGCCACCUGCCUGCUGCCCGGCUUCCCCUUCUGGGCCUGCCCAGCACAGUCUCAGCCUCUGGGCACGAGCCUGUCUCUGCGCUGGUCUGAGGCCUCCGGGGCAGAAUGCUCCUGCCGCUGCUCUCAGCAGUGCUGUGGGGCGCUUCUCGGGCUUCUGACCCAAGAUACAGGCUGCAGGUGCAGGAGCUGGUGACAGUGCAGGAGGGCCUGUGUGUGUUCGUCCCCUGCUCUGUCUCCUACCCCUUGGAAGGCUGGACUGACGCCACCCCAGCUCUUGGCUACUGGUUCGUGGACAUGACUGAGACGACCGCUGGAAGUCCGGUGGCCACCAAUAACCAGGACCGACAGGUGCAAGCAGGGACCCAGGGCCGAUUCCAGCUCAUUGGCCACCCGCAGAACCAGAGCUGUUCCCUGCUGAUCAGAGAGGCCCAGAGAGGGGACCAGGCAAUGUACUUCUUUCGGGUGGAGAGAGGCCAACGAGUGCGAUAUAAUUUCAUAAAAAACAAGUUCUAUCUGGAAGUGACAGCCCUGACACAGAAGCCAGAUGUCUUCGUCCCAGAGACGCUGGAGCCGGGGCAUCAGGCCACACUCAUCUGUGUGUUUAAUGGCUCCUUUGAGGAAUGUCCAGCCCCUACUUUCUCCUGGAUGGGGGCCAUCCUCUCCUCCCAGGGGACCAGGACAACUACCUCCCACUUCUCAGUGCUCAACCUCACACCGAAAGCCCAGGACCAUGGCGCCGACCUCACCUGCCGAGUGGGCUUCCCCAGGAAGGGUGUGAGCACAGAGAGAACCAUCCGACUGAACGUGGCCUAUGCUCCCAGGGACCUGGCCAUCAGCAUUUCCUGGGCCAACUCGUCAGUCCCGGAGCCCCAGGGAAGCAGCCCCUAUCUGGCAGCUCAGAAAGGCCAGCUCCUGCGGCUGCUCUGUGCCGCCGAUAGCACGCCCCCUGCCACGCUAAGCUGGGCCCUGGAGGACAGAGUCCUUUCUUGGUCCCACCCCUGGGGCCCCAGAACCCUGGCACUGGUAUUGCCUGGGGUGAAGCCUGGGGAUUCAGGCCGCUACACCUGCCGCGCAGAGAACAGGCUCGGCUCCCAGAGUCGCUCGCUGGACCUUUCUGUGCAGUAUGCCCCGGAGAACUUGACAGUGGCGGUCUCACGAGCAAACAGGACAGUCCCGGAAAACCUUGUGAAUGGCACGUCCCUCCCAGUCCUGGAGGGCCAAAGCCUGCGUCUGCUCUGUGUCACCCACAGCAACCCCCCCGCCGGGCUGAGCUGGGCCCGGGGCGGACAGACUCUCAGCCCCUCGCAGCCCUCAGACCCUGGGCUCCUGGAGCUGCCCCGGGUGGAGCUGGGCCACGGGGGAGGAUUCACCUGCCACGCUCGGAACCGGCUGGGCUCCCAGCACGUCUCUCUGAGCCUCUCUGUGCACCACCCCCCGCGGCUGCUGGGCCCCUCCUGCUCCUGGGAGGACCCGGGGCUGCACUGCAACUGCUCCUCCAGGGCCCUGCCAGCCCCCUCCCUGCGCUGGCGGCUGGGGGAGGCGCUGCUGCAGGGGAACCACAGCAACGCCUCCCUGACAGUCACCUCCAGCGCCCAGGGGCCCUGGGCCCACAGCACCCUGAGGCUCAGCGGGGCGCCCGGUUCCGGCCUCAGACUCAGCUGCGAGGCAGGGAACGCGCACGGGGCCCGGAGCAGCGCUGUCCUGCUGCUGCCAGACAAGGGACUGAACUCGAAAGCCUUCUCGAGCGGAGCAUUUCUGGGAACUGGCGUCACCACCCUCCUUUUCCUCUGCCUCAUCCUGAUCAUCGUGAAGACUCUGAGGAAGAAACGGCCCCGGGCAGAGACUCUGACUCAGGCAGAGACUCCACGGCCCUGGGCCUCGCGGAGAAGCACCAUCCUGGAUUACAUCAACGUGGUCCCUGCCGCGGGUGCCCUGGCUCGAAAUCGGAAAGCCAAGCCAAGCAGCCGUUCCCAGCCCCAUCCUCCGGGUGCUCACUCGCCAGAAGCGAAGAACCAGGAGAUAUAUUUUGUUUCCCAUGGUGGCCCAGGACCCAAAUCAUCCACUCAGCCCCCAGAACCAGAGAAUAACCAUGAGGAGCCCCAUUAUGCUGCCCUCAACUUCUCAGGCCUCAGACCACGGGAGACCCAGGAGCCCAGGGAUACCCCCUCGGAUUACGCAGAAAUCAAGUUCCACUGAGGGUGCCCAGGGCUGUGGGACUGGCGUCCAGGCCAGGGACAAAGGCAGGGCAAUGAUGGGAUGAGGAAAACAGGAGGCCCUCUCUCUUGUUCUUUUUAAUCCUCGGAGGAUGAGCCAUCCCAUCCCAGACCUGAGUGCUCCACAAACCCCUCCAGCAUGGCCUUCUCCAAAUACAUGGUUCUGAGAAGCAAGGAAAGCUUUGCCUCCGACAUACCCAGGCACCACCCUAGGUGCGGUUUCUCAAAGGCGGGAGGCUCUUAAAGAUGAUGAACCAAUCUGUGUGGGGUCAGCAAGCUAACCUCACAGGUUGUCUGGCCUGCUGCCCAUUUGCCACCCACGAGCCAAGAGUGCUUUUUUGGGGAUGUGGGGGGAAUGAAAAGAAGAACGGUUUGUGACAUAUGGAAAUGAUAUGAAAUUCUACAAAUAAAGUACUAUUGGAGCACA